AUGGAUCCCACUGCAGGAGGACCAUCGAUGCACCUGGUGCUAUCGGCAGAGUCUGUUCCUCACUUUGUGGAAGGAGUCUCCCUCGUUCUUUCUCGUUGGACGGCACUCCAGAUGGCUGUGGAGGAUGGGUGGGGCGGCAAGGACUCUCGCCAGAAGUCACAAGAGCUUGAAUCUGGUAUUGUCUCCUGGUUCAUCCAGUCCAAAGGUUAGCUUUUCUAUCCAUCUCCAAGGCCUGAUUGAGCUACUUUCCAAUUUUUUUAAAAGUUAACUGUUAAUUUGCCCCACUUUCAGAGCCUCUCUACAUCGAUGACUUGGAGAGAAUGCUCGAGGAGAGCAUGGUCCUCUCUUUUAACACAGAGAUUGAUGACGGCAGUGUUGGAGAGGUACAACAAGGACUGCAACUCAUGUAGAGGAUCAUGUCGUUUUUUGUGGUCUUCUUGUUCAAUUUUUUUCUGCCCCCGAUUUAGUAGCUCAGAGUGAGGAGCAUAAGUACGCUCACCUACUAUCACUUGAUCUUACCCAGGUUGCUGAGCAGUUAAUGAUUAUACAUGAAGAAUGCCUUGAAGGAAAUUAUGCAUCAAUUGAAAGGCUGAGGACGUCUAAGCCUGGAACACAUGCUGUUUCUCAAAGUCUGAGGGUAAUUAUCCUAAACUCUUGGAGAUAUUUCAUCACCAUAUAACUACCACAUUGAUUUUCCUACACUUUGCUUGACCAGUAUCAUACAACCUGGCCUCUGCAAUCAAUCAAUCAUUUGGCGUCACUAUUGUUAGACCCAGAUCAUGAUGCCUUUAAGUAGGGGAAAUAUUUUAAAACUCCCACACAUGAUGCCUCCUGUGCCAGCCACAUGAUUGAUAAACAUAUUUGGAAGUGUGAUAAGAAAAUAUCUAAGCGCCAGAGGCAUCUCAUCUAGUCUACAUAUCAGUCAAAUGACAUUUAAUACUCUUCAGAGAAAGCCAUUUAGCCCUUUUUACCCCAUUUUUUCUUACCUUCUUCAGUUUUUGGAAACCUCAAUAAAAGGAGAACUGAGCUAGUUUGUUCCGAACACUUUUUUUUUUUUGGACCUUUCCAUUGGGUAAUGCUUCUUUUAAAUAUUUUCUUACGUCAUUGAUAUGAAUGUGUGUGUAAGGAUAUGGGAAAUUAUUUUUUUCGACCUUUGAAUAUGUUGCCGCAAUACUGUACAAGGUUUCUUAUUGAAAAUCAUAGUUUCCAAAAUAAGAAAUAAAAAAAUCUUCAAUUAGUUGGGACUCUUCUUCUUAUUUGUCUAAUAUUUCAUCACGCAGAUGAUGGAUGAGAAUGAAGAUGAGAGUUCUGACGACGAAGAAGCAUCAGACAUGAUGAUGGUUGAUGACUUGAAGCUGAAGCCCGUCGUUGGGGGCGAGAAGAACCCUAAACAGGUUGUUGAUGAGGACGGGUGGUCUGUCGUCCCUUCUAGGAAGAGCAAGGGUAAGAGGGCAGGCUGA